AUGCAAGUUGAGACAAGGACGCCUACUGGCAAGAUCAAGCUGAACCAUAUCCAGCGAAUCCUGACCACUCUGAACGACGACCUGAGUUCUCCUCAUUUGACUCCGGAGCAGCGGCGAGAAGCGCUUGAACAGCUCAAAAUCCAUGGCAGAGAUCCGAAAGAUGCCGGACCCAUCUUUACCACAGAAGGAAUUGGGAUCCUGACCAAGCAUGGGCUGACGGAGAGGUCAUCGCCCAGCUCACUGGAGGCGUUACGAUGUCUUGCCAACGCCAUGUUGCUUGAACCGAGGACUAGGCAGAUUUUCGUCAACCUGGGAUCUGCCGGCCAAGCAGCAGAGAGGUUAAAAAUCCCGGACUCUGACAAUGAGUUUCUGAUAUCACGCAUCCUCUUCUUACUGACAUACGAGUCCAACCUCAACUUCGACCCUCUGUUCAAUGAUCACGAUCUUGGACAAAGUAUCAACGCUCAUACUGCGCGCCACGCCAAAGAAAUCUCUCAAGCAGACAGCAAGAACGAGCCCUCUUCCUUUGACCAAGCUGCCCUCUCAGAAUCACUCAAACUUCUCUUCAACCUCUCAACCUACUAUCCGCGACACGUCUCAACCUUCACGGCCUCCAGCGAGAACAUCCGCAAGAUCCUCAGUCAUAUUGCCAUCCCCAACCCACCCCUCCAACCCCCAAUCACCCACCUGAUCAAUGCCCUUGUCAAUCUCGACCUCCAAGACGACCACCAGAGCGACAGCAUCUCCAAUCUCACCACCACCAUUACCAUCCUAACAACCAUCCUCUCCCAAAGCCUCACCAGCUACAACCCCACCGAACUCGAAACCCACGCCAUCCCCCUGCUAACCCUCCUCCGCAAGAUCUACGCCUACACCUCCCAAACCCAGAAAAAGCACAUGCGAUCUCUCCUCCUCCCCCAGAAAUCCGACCGCGACCUCCCCCUCGGCCAAUCCGACACCUUACCCUCCAAACUCCUCCGCCUCUCAACCUCACCCGCCGCCCCAAAGCUGCGCGAGGGAAUCUCGAGUCUCCUGUUCGAGCUCUCAGACCAGGACGCGACCACUUUUGUGCGGAAUGUCGGGUACGGAUAUGCGGCGGGAUUCUUGCUAAGUCAUGGAAUGGCGGUGCCGGAGUCCGCUAUGAAGGCACGGCACGGUAGCGCGAGAGAUGGAGACGGUGAAGGAGGUGAGGUGACAGCGGCAGAGGAAGGAGAGCUGGUGAAUCCGGUUACGGGCCAGAAGCUGAGCAAGGAGGAGGAGGCUAUGGUGGAUACGGGGCCGGAGAUGAGCGAGGAGGAGAAGGAGAGGGAGGCGGAGAGGCUCUUUGUGCUGUUUGAGCGGUUGAGGGCGACGGGCGUGGUCAGCGUGGAGAAUCCAGUCAGGGAGGCGGUGGAGAGGGGGGCAUUUGAUGGUGGGGGUGCAGGCGGGACAGGAGGUGGGAGGGUCGAGGAGCUGGGUGAUCAUGACCAUGAUUGA